UCGUUUCUUUAUAAAAUUACAUCGAAUAUAUUAAAAACCUAAUUUGUGACCAAAAAGAAAUACAAUUUUUACCUCUCUUCCUUACCCAACACACCAUUCCCCAACCAAGUUCUUUAUUACUCACAGCAUCAAUCUUUCUCCUUCCACUGUACCAUUUUCUUGAACAAACUGAAUAUUCUGAACAAGAAAAACUCCAUCAAUGAAUCCAGAAAGCUCCAAUAACAACAGCCAAACGAACCCUAGAAAAAGACCAUUAGUAGAAGAACCUAGCAAUGACAAACAACCAAUAACACUAAAUUCCAUGGUGGUAGCCAUUGAUCACAACAAUCUCUUUUACACAGUUUGUUCUAUAUGUGAAAAGACUCUACCUGACCCUUCUCCAAAUACCCAAAUCCCCAAUUCUUCUUCUUCUUCUUCAUCAUCAUCUUCAAUACCCUUUUGCAAAAAUUGCAACUUUAACUCUGCUUCUUCUGGUUCCAAACGCCUCUUUCGUGUUCUUAUGUCGAUAGCUACUGAGAAAAGAGUGGUUGUGGUGAUAAUGUUUGAUAGGGCAGCUAGGGUUUUGUUUGGUUGUUCUGCUGAUGAGUUCUUUGAUUUUGCCAAGACUCACCCUUUUGCUGCUGCAGCUGCCGGUAAUGCUUUGGAGGGAGAGAUGUUGAAGAUCACCUUGUCCAAACCAAAGAAUGGAAAUGCACGACAUCUACGAGUGGUAUCAGUUUUUCCAUUGCGGACAGGUUUUCAGCCUGUGAUCAAGACCUUGAGGGAACUAUAUCGAGCAAGAGGCGGUUCAUAGCUAUUGCAUUCAGGUGUUUGUGUGUCAAAUGUUCUUUUAAGCAGGCUUAAUGUUUGUGUACAUCACCAUCGUUCCAUUGACAAAAGGAACAUGAAUGCAUCUUUUGUUAAAUAUUACUUUUCUCCUUUAAGCGUUACUCUUAUUUUAGAAGACCAUGGAGUCUGCUUCCAUUAUUAUAGUUAUCUAUCUUAUGAAAGCUUUAAACGAAAUGUGAAAUUUAAGUCUUGGGUAGCAUAUCAAAGUUUACUUGAUCUGCCAUCUAACAAGAUCAAUAAACAUGUGAUUAUGUUUCCCGUU